AUGCGUGGGAGUACGGCCGGGUUAGCCGACACGCUCGCGACUGGCUCGCGGGCCCAUAGCGCGCUUCUAGAAUUCGCAGAUGAGGUGUUCGGAAGUGCUGUAGUAGCCCCGGCGGUUGUGACUUACUGGAAGUCGACCUGGUCGCUGAUGGACCUCUACGUCCUGCCUAAAGAACCAGUUAACAGCGCGAUAGUAUCCCUCGUGUUUGGUUUGGCCUUGAACUUCAUUUUGUGCGUAUUCCAAACGCAGUUGAGCAAGCAUAUUCGCCCUGAUAAGGGUAGAUUUACUUAUUAUGUGCUCUCGAGGCUAUAUACUUGUGUGGCUGCAGUGGGGUGUGUUGGCGCGUGGCGAGGAGUAUGGAACCUCCUCAACGAAUGCACGGGAGAUAGUGCACAGACUGUCAUGUCCACCACAGCAGCAGCGACGUUAUCUCUAGCAGCGUUACGGACUCUGAGGAAUAUAAUAGCUGCCCCGUUCGCUGUUGUUGUUGAUGCGCCUAAGGCUUUUUUCGAUGUUCCUACUAUGUUUAGAACGGUUGGUAUAUAA